AUGCUGCGUGGUAGGCGAUUGCCCGUGUCGCAGUCUCCAUUGCCACGAUGGAGGACCACAGCAACGACAGACUCGGCGAGGACUAGGACUGCCCUCGUCGUGGCAGCGGUCCACUACAGUAGCUCGUCACCCUCGACCUCGCCGACAGCGACUCCUCCUCUCCUCACCGACGGCUAUGGGACUGACCAUUCAGCCCUCACACAAGCGCUGGAAGAGCAGGUCCCGGCUUGGGAGCAAGAAGGCAUGCCUCAGGUGGACGAGGCGCGACAAGAGAUGCACAGUCUGGCGGGUGAGCAACGCAAGUUCCGAACAUACACGCCUGCAGGCAAGGAUUAUUCCCAUCAUGGAGAUUCGAGCAAGAACAGAGUUCACCACAUCACCCAUCACCGGCACAGCGGCCCUGUAUCACUGCCACCCGUCGAGAAAUCCUUCCCUACGCAUCUCGAUUUGAAUGAUGAAGCACCGAUUUGGCGCAAGAUCCGGGCCCCUGACAAGAACAUUCCGCUCACGGAUCUUCAUGCAAGAGUGUUCUUUAGGAAGUCCACCCCCAUACACGAGAAUUUGCGAAAGGCCGGGCGCAAACCAUUCCAAGAUGUGGGAGCUGUUGCCAAUGCACAAAAUGGCAGCGAGGAGACACAGCGUGAUACUGCGGUUCAGGUGAAGCCAUACAUCAGGCCGGAAGCUUCCAGUGUCCAUCAUUCAGCAGUAGAGAAUCGGGCAGAGAAGAGUCUUCGGCAACCUAGCCUUGACAAUCCAUCCUCGACUUCGUCUAGACGUACAGCAUUCCAACGUCGUGGCGGCCACGACAAGAAGCCUUCCCCGCUCUUGGAUGCGCAGCUACGCGCCGUGGCAGACCGACUUGGGAUAGAGGUGUCCCGCAAGGCCACCGAUGUCAAGCGAGCAACAGCUCGAAGGUUGGGUUUCAAAUCCUGGGACCAAGCACCUGCAGCACCACAAGUGGCCAACACCACACCCACACAGUCUGCUACGACACCUAGAGCAGUCAAUCUUGCCAAAGGCGCAAGCGAUCCUACUGGAUCUGGUCUCCCCAAGGCGCAACACACUCAUAGAUCUGCCGAGGAGCCUGCGUUAAGCAGACCUGCUGCACCACCUCGUUCAGACCACCCACACGAGAAGACUAUCCUGUCUGCGUACUCUCCGACGACCUUCAAACCCCAGAAGACGCAAAAGGACAUCAAUUUUGCCAUGCGGCGUAAUUGGCUGCCAGUCGAGGGGUCCCCAAUGAACACAGAUUCUCCGUCGGAGCAAUCUCAACAUCUGUCUUCGGGAGAUAAUCGGCUCCUCCUCCAUGCAGGGGACUCGGAUUUCGGCUUGGAUGAGCGAAGACGCAGCAGCUUCGGAGUGCCAAGCGAGAGCGAGCAGACCUCCCUAGACAAGGAAUCUGAACUCAAUACCUCAUCGGACACAGUACGCUCCAUCUUCAAGAUGUUGUUUCCUGAGGAGUCUGAACAUACGAGCAGGAGCUUAAGAUCGGUGCUCACGAACCGAAGAGGUCGCCCCUCCGAGAUGGGUAGUGAUGUUGAUCCAAGAGCUAAAUACUUCAUCGAUAUUUCUGCGAAACCGCGGCAAGCCUAUGGUUCUAUCUACAAACAGCUCUUCCCUGGCCAGCUACCGCCUGACCCAGAGGCGACUGUGGAAAAAGAUGAACCUCACGAAAGCUCUGCAUAUCCCCAACAGGACACGUCCGAUGGACCAUUACUUAUCUCACUACGAAACGAAGUACGCAAUUGGAUUCCGGAGGAGGACCGAGAACACAUCACAGCGCCUGAGGCAGGCAAGUAUGGCUCGCAUUCGACCGUAGUCGUCAUUUCGGGUGUGAGCAACUCACUCGUCGAUACCGACUUCUACCGAGUCAUUCCAGAAGGCAAAUACGUCGAGGGCUGGGCUGGCGGCCUCGUGAAGGUCGUCCAGGCGCGCGACCCUCUAACAUACGAGCCCGUUGGCCAGUACUUCCUCAUGUUCCACUCGCGUGCCCCCGCAGUCGCCUAUGUCCAAGAGGCCAAGCGACUAUACGAGCUCAGCAGGCGCCUGUUGCAUUCGGCCACCCAAUCCGGCCGCACACCGGCGCGCGGUCCACUCGAUACCGCGCCUGUGAACCCGCAGCCCUUCCUCACCGAUGAAGAGAGAGCCGCCGUCCAGUCCUUUACGAUCUGCCCGCCCGCCGCCCCACUUCGCAUCAGCGUGCGCAUGUGGACCACCCAGAUGGUCGGACAGAUCGCUUCCAAGACGACCAUAGCCGACGUAGUCCAAGCUCUACGGCCAGAGGCCGAGAUGCCCGCCAAGGUGUUGAUCUCCAUCAACGGCGGCGGUCGGGCGUCUGGGGGUGGGCUGACGCCGGCCGAGCUCUGGUCGACGCUCCGGGACGACGGGCGGGAGAGGGGCACGCCAUGGGCGCUGAUCAACCUCCGGGAAGGCAUCAGGCCGGUGAGGGUGAAGGCCGUGACCGAGGGCCAGGAGAUCAAGGUGAUGACGGAGACAGUAGACGCACCGCUCCAGGCCGAAGACGAUGAUGACGCCGGGGUGGUUGGUGGCCCGCCCGCCGAGACGACAUCCGUUGUGGGGACAGACGGCCUUCUUCUUCCCUCCUCCAGCAGCCAGGAUGCAGAAGGCCCUAGCGACAAGGAGAGCCACGACGACGGCGACGGCGACGACGACGCGGGCCAGAAAGAUGAAAGGUUCCACCGGUUUGUCUUGACGUUCAAGCAGCGUGCCAUCGCGCGCCGAUUCGUCAGGUGCUGGCACAAGCGGCCCAUAUACGAUGCGGAGCUGGGGCAGACGGUGCUUGUAAAUGCUGUGGCGCUGAUGUAG